CGGCGGCGGCAGUGCGCGGCCGAGGCGCCCCGAGCUCGCCCGCGCCCGCCUAGAGCCGCCCGCCGUUGCCACACGUACCGACUCGGUUGUGCGUAUACCUAGAUAUUAUUUUCCUGCUCUCAAUGACUCCACUCAAGUGAAGUUAUAUUUGGACAAUCACCUACAUUGUGUAUCUGAGAAGCGAGUAUCGACACUAUAAAAUAGUAACCCAAGUGGUGAUGUGCAAAUGAAUCGUUUUGUAUCGCUUGGACUGGGUCUGGAUACUUGUCGCUGGACAGCUGGCCGGGGCGUCGUGUGAGGUAAACAAGAGCCAGCUGGCGCGCCCGCCGCCGCCGCCGCGUCCGCGCCGACACCUCGCAUCAACAACCGACCUAGAUUAAAGCUAUCGACUGUUGAUGUUACCUCCUUCGUGUGUUGACUAGUCAUUUCCGUCUAUUAGUGGAGGCGACGCGAGUGUUACUGCGUGCUUGUUUGUAUUGAACCGCGUCAUUGGUCUUCAUUCAUCAUUGUAUCACCAGGCUCUGGCGCUGGUGUGAGUAGAUGUGACAUCAUCAAUAUUGUGGUAUGCAUGAUAGGAUGAGUGGGGCCGCAGAAAUUGUCUGAGUUUGCCUUUUCAUUCCGUCCUAUGCUCCUUAUUAAAUACCUGACAGUACCAAUUUUUUUCUUAAUUUCAGAUGCUAGGUACUGCAUGAUAGUUAGCGCACAUGCAUUGAUGAAGAGUGACAAGUGCAGUGUGAGCUGAGGACAUGAUGUGAGGUGCAACAACACCUGGAUCUUCCUUUUUUAUCAGGGGCGGCAACGGCGGCGCGCUGGAGGCGCUGCGCAGACACUCGCGGCAGAUCGCCGCCCGCCGCGCGCGCCGCGUGCAGUUCUCGGAGCGGCGCGACGACUCCGCGGACGACGACGCCGCCGGCGACAACGACAACGACUAUGGCAGCGGCGGCUCGGACAUGUCGGCGGGCGGCGGCAGCGCGGACGGGGGCGGCGACGGUGGCGGGGGCGGCGGCGGGGGCGGGGGCGCGGGGGGGGCGGCGCGGCGCGCCUCCACGUGCCGCGUGGAGCUGGGCGCGCUGCUGGCCUCCGAGCCGCGCCCCAUAGACAACAAGGUCAAGCGGCACAGCAUCCACGGCAUGACGGAGGAGGAGAACGUGGUGCGGCCGCACCAGGAGAUGGCGGUGCUGACGCUGGACGAGAAGAAGUUCCUGCUGGGCGUGGAGCGCGGUGACGUGGCGGGGUCGCGGCGCGUGCUGGCCCGCGCGCGCGCCGAGCGCCACGUCAACGUGGACUGCGUGGACCCGCUGGGCCGCUCCGCGCUGCUCAUGGCCAUCGACAACGAGAACCUGGAGAUGGUGGAGCUGCUGCUGGAGUUCGGCGUGGAGACGCGCGACGCGCUGCUGCACGCCAUCUCCGAGGAGUUCGUGGAGGCCGUGGAGGCGCUGCUGGACCACGAGGAGCGCACGCGCAAGCCCGGCGAGCCCAACAGCUGGGAGGCGCUGCCGCCGGAGACGGCGACGUUCACGGCGGACAUCACGCCGCUGACGCUGGCGGCGCACCGCGACUCGUACGAGAUCAUCAAGCUGCUGCUGGACCGCGGCGCGUCGCUGCCGGUGCCGCACGACGUGCGCUGCGGCUGCGACGAGUGCGUGCGCUCGCGCCGCGAGGACUCGCUGCGGCACUCGCGCUCGCGCAUCAACGCGUACCGCGCGCUCGCCUCGCCCUCGCUGGUGGCGCUCAGCUCCAAGGACCCCAUCCUGACGGCCUUCGAGCUGAGCUGGGAGCUGCGGCGCCUGUCCGCUCUCGAGCACGAGUUCAAGACGGAGUACCAGGAGCUGCGCGCGCAGUGCCAGGAGUUCGCCACCGCGCUGCUGGACCACACGCGCUCCUCGCACGAGCUACAGGUGCUGCUCAACCACGAGACGGGCGCGCCCGCGCCGCUGCCCGAGCCCGGCGCCCCGGAGCGCAUGCGCCUCAGCCGCCUCAAGCUCGCCAUCAAGCUGCGCCAGAAGAAGUUCGUGGCGCACCCCAACGUGCAGCAGCUGCUGGCGUCCAUCUGGUACGAGAGCGUGCCGGGGUUCCGCCGCAAGAACAUGCUGCUGCAGGCGCUGGAGAUGGUUCGCAUCGGCGCCAUGUUCCCGCUCUACUCGCUGGCGUACAUCGCGGCGCCGCACUCCGCCGCCGGCCGCACGCUGCGCCAGCCCUUCAUCAAGUUCCUGUGCCACUCCGCCAGCUACUUCAUGUUCCUGUUCCUGCUGAUCCUGGCGUCGCAGCGCAUCGAGACGGCGGCGGGCGGGCUGCUAUGGGGCGGCGCCGGCCCGCCCAGCGCGCCCGUGUCCCGCCGCGGGGCGCCACCCUCACUCGUGGAGUGGCUCAUCCUAGCCUGGGUCAGCGGUCUGAUAUGGAGUGAGGUGAAGCAGCUGUGGGACAUGGGUCUCCGGGAGUACGUUCAUGACAUGUGGAACGUGAUCGACUUCGUGACCAACUCGCUGUAUGUGGCCACCGUGGCGCUGCGCGUCGUGUCCCACUUCCAGGUGCGGCGCGAGCAGGCGCGCGGGCUGCAGUGGAACCAGCCGCGCGAGCAGUGGGACGCGUGGGACCCCAUGCUGCUCUCGGAGGGGCUGUUCUCGGCCGCCAACAUCUUCAGCUCGCUCAAGCUGGUGUACAUCUUCAGCGUGAACCCGCACCUGGGCCCGCUGCAGGUGUCGCUGAGCCGCAUGGUGCUCGACAUACUCAAGUUCUUCGUUCUCGACAUACUCGUCAUAUUUGCCUUCUCGUGCGGGCUGAACCAGCUGCUGUGGUACUACGCGGACAUGGAGAAGAAGAAGUGCACGACGGGCGCGCCGCUGGCCGCCGCCAACGGCACGCUGCCCGACCCUGACGCCUGCAUUGUGUGGAGACGCUUCGCUAACUUGUUCGAGACGAUGCAGACGCUGUUCUGGGCGGCGUUCGGGCUGGUGGACUUGGAUUCCUUCGAGCUGGACGGCAUCAAGAUCUUCACGCGCUUCUGGGGCAUGCUGAUGUUCGGCACCUACGCCGUCAUCAACGUCAUCGUGCUGCUCAACCUGCUCAUCGCCAUGAUGAACCAUUCCUACCAGCUCAUCUCGGAGCGCGCGGACGUGGAGUGGAAGUUCGCGCGCAGCAAGCUGUGGAUCAGCUACUUCGAGGAGGGGGGUACGGUGCCGCCGCCCUUCAACGUGGUGCCGUCGCCCAAGUCGCUGCUGUACGCGUGGCGCUGGCUGCAGCGCCGCCUGUGCCGCCACGCGCGCGCCAAGCGCGAGCACAUGCGCACCAUCCGGAGGAAAGCUAAGCAAGCCAACGAGAGGGAUUUCAGAUAUCAGGGCAUCAUGCGCAACCUGGUGCGGCGCUACGUGACGGUGCAGCAGCGGCGCGCGGAGUGCGGCGGCGUCACGGAGGACGACGUCAACGAGAUCAAGCAGGACGUCAGCGCCUUCCGCUGCGAGCUGGUGGAGAUCCUGCGCAACUCCGGCAUGAACACGUCCACCGCCAACGCGGGCGCGCCCGGCGGCGGCGGCGGCAAGAAGAACCGGCAGAAGGAGCGGCGCCUGAUGAAGGGCUUCAACAUCGCGCCGACGGGCACGCUGGCGCCCGUGGACGAGUUCCUGGCGUCGCUGCACCACGAGCACGCGGCGCACGGCGCGCACGCGGCGCACGGCUCGCUGUCCGCGCUGCUGGGCGGCCGCGCGCUGCGCACCAGCCAGUCCUCGCUGUCGGACGGCGGCGGGGGCGGCGGGGGCGGCGCGGCGGGGGGCAGCGCGCGCCGCAAGCCCGCGCCACACAAGCGCCGCUGGGGCACCAUCAUCGAGGCGGCGCGCGCGGCCCGCGUGUCGCGCCUCAUCGGCCGCAGCCGCUCCGAGGACUCCGUGUGCGACCACGCGCGGCAGUCGCCCAGCGGCAGCGACAGAUCAGACUCCGGGAGCGACUCCCAACGCAGCCCCGAGCGAGGGGGCUCCACCGACCGGGCGGAGCGGGGCGGGGAGCGGGGCGUGCAGCGCGGCGGCUCGGCGCGCGGCCCGGGCCCGCUGCACCCGCUGUCGGCGCUGGCCGCUCUCAAGCGCAAGCGGAAAAAGUUCUCCGACUCUCGUCGGGCGGCCGAGCGCGCGUCGGCGGCGGCGGCGGGGGCGCGCGCCGCGGCGCUGCAGCGGGCCAGCUCCGUGCCGGCGCGCUCCCCGCCGCCGCCCGCGCCCCCCGCGCCGCGCUCGCCCCCGCGCUCGCCCCCCCGCGCGCCGCAGCAGGCCGGCAGCACGGAGCCGCUGCUGGCCAGCCUGGACGACGACGCGCACAAGGCGGAGGCGUGCGGCGGCUGCGGCGCGGGGGGCGGGGGCGCGGGGGGCGCGUGCGGGCGCUGCGCGGCGCUGGCGCGGCUGGCGGGCGUGACCCCGCUGCGCGGCCCGCACGCCGCCGGCUGGCUCUAGCCGCUCCUCCGGUGGACAUCAACUGCACGCGGAGAUAGCGCCGACCAUUCCCCUACAUCCUAUUGAUUGUUAUUAAUUUAUGACUAUAAUUGCAAUUAGGUUUUUGCUACAAUUUAUUUGCUUGAGCAUUGUGGUAGAACUAAGGAGUUUUGUAAGUACCUACUGUUAUAUUUACAUAUUUGUGCCGCCACGUCACUGAGUGCUACCUGCACGAGCAAGGGGGAAAAUUUCGCUCACUCGGCUCACGACAUCCUCUGGAAAGGAGAAUGGCCAAAUUUGUAUAGCAUCAUGAGUAAUCAUGACCCAGAGCGGCCAUUGAUGAAACAUUUAUACUGAUGUGCAGUCCUUGACUACAGUAUACAAACAAUAUAUACGAGACAUGGGAGAUCGAUGUCAGAAUCAAGUCUUUCUACUUUCUCGAGCUUAGCAUCGUUUUAUAAGUGUUCCCGUGCGAAUUCCGGGAUAAGAAGUAUUUAAUUAUGUUACUUCAGGAUAACGGAAACUUUGAAUAGCAUGAAAUAAAUUUUAAAACGAAUGCUUUAGAAAAAAAAACUCAGUGU